AGCGGGUUCCGGCUCAGCCUGAGGGCGUCACUUCCCGGGGCGGAGCGGGGCGGCUCCGGGUGUCUGCAAACAGAAUUGGUCUGACAACUCUGGUACUUUUUAGUUCCAAACAAGAUGAAGAUCCCCUCUUUGCUGCUGAGAUUCCCUCGUUGUUAUUUCUCCAGAAGAACUUACUUCGUGAACUUUCGCUUCGCUUCCCGAGCAGAUUUCCUGGGACUUGAGUCUCUUGGGCCAGCUCUUCACUGUCACACAAAAUGGAUUUGUUCAUCAAACGCUCUGAGCAGAGAGCUGUGCCAGCAAGCAGCCCCCGAGCAGCAAGCAGAGGCACUUUCUGACCGGGAGCAGAGACUUGUAGACAGACUUUACCAGGGGCUAAUCCAGGGCCACAGAGCCUGUUUAGCUGAAUCCAUUACACUCAUAGAAUCAACUCAGAGUAGGAAGAAGAAAGUAGCCCAGGUGCUCCUUCAGAAGGUAUUAUCCUACCACAGGGAACAAGAAAAGUUAAAUCAAGGAAAGCCACUUGCCUUUAGAGUGGGGUUGUCUGGUCCUCCUGGUGCUGGAAAGUCGACCUUCAUAGAAUGCUUUGGGAAGAUGCUUACGGAAAGAAACCACAAAGUGGCUGUGUUGGCUGUAGACCCUUCCUCUAGUACAAGUGGUGGUUCCCUGCUGGGUGAUAAAACACGGAUGACUGAGUUAUCAAGAGACAUGAAUGCAUACAUCAGACCAUCUCCAACCAGUGGUACACUGGGAGGUGUCACAAGGACCACAAAUGAAGCUAUUCUGCUCUGUGAAGGAGGAGGCUACGAUGUUGUUCUUGUGGAAACAGUAGGUGUGGGCCAGUCAGAAUUUGCUGUGGCUGAUAUGGUUGAUAUGUUUAUAUUACUGCUACCACCUGCAGGUGGAGAUGAAUUACAGGGCAUCAAACGGGGCAUCAUUGAGAUGGCAGACCUGGUUGCUAUCAAUAAGGCUGAUGGUGAUUUAGUUGUGCCUGCCCGGAGGAUCCAGGCUGAGUACGUCAGUGCUAUGAAGCUGCUUCGCAAGCGUUCAAAGGUUUGGAGGCCAAAGGUAAUGCGCAUCUCCGCCAAAACCGGCGAGGGCAUCUCGGAGAUGUGGGAUAAAAUGGCCGAGUUCCGGGACCUCAUGCUCAGCAGCGGCGAGCUGCUCGCCAAACGGCGCAAACAGCAGAAAGUGUGGAUGUGGAACCUCAUCCAGGAGAACAUGCUGCUGCACUUCCGCACUCACCUGGCGGUCAAGGAUAAGAUCCCGCUUCUGGAGGAAAAAGUUCUUAGAGGGGUCUUGUCUCCUGGGCUGGCAGCUGACCUGCUGCUGAAGGCAUUCAAAGAUGGUCUCUGAGCGUUGUUUUGUACUCUGUUCUUGAUGAGUGCUUUAUGUAAACGUGAACAUUAAAUGCACUUUUCCUAUGUGUGGAUUCAGAUGUUUUGCUACAGUGGAAAUGAAUAGAAAACCUAUCCAGUACUCUGCAGAAGAUUUCUGUUGGAUUCUGUAUAUGCAGCGAUCACGACAAAUCUAAAUACUUGCUAAGAGAUUACUACACCCUAUUGGAAAAAAAUAAAUUUCCAAAUCUUCUA